AUGCAGAAUCCACACCAGAUACAUGAGAUUAUGGCUUUAAUUACUGAACUUUCCCUCUGGAAUUUCCAUUCUUACACAUAUAUAUGAUGCAGUGAGGUGGAGUUUCAGAGUAACAACAGGAUAUAAAAGAGUGGAAGGAAGGAUGACCAUCUGAAAAGAGAUUUAAGAAGCAUCUUGUGUGUUGUAUCUUUGGUUUAAACACACUUUCUCCUGACGCUCUGCAUUUGAAAUAAAGUGUGUAUGAACGACAGGAGAUGACUAAAAUGACUGACAAGGUGUUUUCAGUGUUUUCAGUGUUCGGGACUCUGCUGUUCCCCCUGUUGGUUGGCAGUACACCUAUUUCUUGGUCUCUGGGUCCAACAGACUGCUCUGAUGUCUACACUAACGGACAAACACUCAGUGGCGUGUACACAAUCUACCCUACAGUAGGGACACCUGUGCAGGUGUACUGUGACAUGGGGUGUUUCGGAAGUGUAACAGAAGAUGGGAAGUGGACGGUGUUUCAGAGGAGAAUGGAUGGCUCUGUGAAUUUCUACAGACCAUGGGAACACUACAAGAAAGGGUUUGGGAACAGGGAUGGAGAAUACUGGCUGGGAUUGGAGAAUCUCUACCAACUCACAAGAAAGCGGAAAUAUGAGCUGAAAGUGGACCUGCAGGACUUUGAGGGGGUGUCGGUUUACGCUCGAUACACGGAUUUCUCUGUGGAAUCUGAAGCUAACAGCUACAAGCUCAGUGUUAGUGGCUUCCUCAAUGGAGGUGCAGGUGAUGCCAUGACACCAGUCAAUGGACAGAAUUUCUCCACAUUUGACAAAGACCAGGACUUGCAUCCAGGGUCCUGUGCUAAAAGAUUCCUCGGGGGUUUUUGGUACAGUGACUGUCACAGUGCUAAUCCUAAUGGGAUUUACCUGUGGGGACGUGAUGGCACUCAUUACGCCAUCGGAAAUGUGUGGCAACAAUGGAAAGGAUAUGAUUAUGGUCUCAAAUACAUCAGCAUGAAGAUCAGACCUGUGUCUGUAGCACAGUGAUGAGUUUCUCUUUAUAACAUUACUGUUGUUAUGGAUGGUGGAAGUGGUUUUGAGGUAGUGAUGGUGGAGGCUGUAGUAGAGGUAUUGGUGCUGUUGUUGGAGGAUGUUGAUGUUAUUAACACAACAACAGGUUUUUUUUGUUUCUUGAUAUUAUUCAGACUCUUGUGGAAGAAAAUUGUAUUUAAGUGUAUUUUUAUAAAAAGAAAAAAAUGACUGCUACAAUUCUAAUAUUUUGAAAUAAAUGACUUAUAACUGG